AUGUCCGGGGCAUCUGAGUGCGGCGCGUGCGGGAAUACCGAACCACAGCCCCCGGCCCCCGUGGAGGGUUGGUCCAUCACUGCACAGGGAGACGUCAACCUGAACUGCGGAGACUUUGCGAACAAGGAGGAACUACAGAUCACUCUGGCGUCCUGCUGUACAGAAUUUAAGGUACCAGAAGUGAACGAAACAACGUGCUGUUCCGCACUGGAGGGGACAUUGAGGAAUGGAAAACCCUGGCCAUUGAUGAACCAGCCGGGAAAGGCCUGUCCCAACCCGGCCAUGUCCUGCCGUGAGAUCUACCUGUCCGGUUCUUACGUCAGUGGUCUCUAUUGGAUCCGCACUGACCAUCACAGCACUGUCCCAACGCAGGUUUGGUGUGAAAUGGAGUUCAACGGUGGAGGUUGGUUGCGUGUUUUCAACAUGAUGGCUAAACCAGGAAUCACGGCAUCGGCUGCUGAAAUGUACAGCAUCAUAACGAGCAAUGGACCGGUCCAAGCUGUUCUCUCCAACACCACCAGUACAGCUAUCUUCACACAGGGCCUGAAUCUGGGCGCGUACCAUGAGGUGUGUUGUCGACUUUUUUCUUCAUCAGGGGAAACACGUGUAGACCACAGGGAGAAUAGCCUCUUAUGA